AAACAGUGUUGUUUGUUGUUCGUUCCCGGUUUGCCGGAUUGUUGUGCAAUAUAUGGGUAAAAGAAUCGAGUGGUUAGUAUCGAAAGAACUAUGUUAAAAGUUCUCCACAUCGUACCGUCGUGGAUCGGUGGAAUCAGAGUCAAUGGAGGUUUAACCGGGCAACACAAACGGUGUACGCUUCUAUGGUCACCCAUACGCACCAUACACACUCGAACGAAGCCACGAAUUUCGCCACCGCCAAAAAUCCGACCGUCUCAGACGGACCAGAGUAAAGGUGUCACUCCGUUCGGAUGGGGAUUGCUACUCAUCCCAGCGACCACGUUCGGUCUCGGCUGUUGGCAGGUGUAUCGAAAGCAAUGGAAGGAAGACCUCAUCCGGGAGCUGGAACGUAAAAUCCACAUGGACCCGGUGCCCAUCCCAGAGAACCUUUCCGAACUAAAUGCCAUGGAGUACGAAACGGUCAAGGUACGCGGGGAGUUUCUGCACGAUCAGGAGCUGCAUUUGGGCCCGAGGGCUUGUAUAGUACACGGCGAUAGCCAUACGACCGGAGGACUCUUUUCACAGCGGGAAGCCUCCAUCGGUUUUCUGGUGAUAACACCGUUUAAGCUGGAGGGACGGGAUGAUAAAAUUCUCGUCAAUCGUGGUUGGGUUCCGAAACGGUUGCUCGAUCCGGCCACACGUCCGGAAGGCCAGGUCAAAGGGACGGUAGAGCUGGAGGGUGUAGUAAGGGUGCAGGAAAAUCGUCCUCAGUUCACCCCGCAGCAACGAGGAGCCAUCUUCAUGUACCGGGAUGUGGACAAGAUGGCCAGCCUGUGUGGCACCGAGCCGUACUACAUCGACGCAAAAGCGUCCUCGACCGUGCCAAUGGGACCGGUUGGUGGACAGACUCGUGUCACGCUGCGCAACGAACACCUGUCGUACAUCGUCACGUGGUUCAGCUUGUCCGGGUUUACCACGUGGCUUUGGUUUCGCCAGGUUGUGCGUGGCAAAUCGUUCUGAUUUAGGCCAGUGAAAAUCAACACCCAACUUGGUUCUUCAACUGGACUUGUGUUUGAUUUAAAGGUUUCGGAUGGGGGAAAUAUAAGGCGAAACCCUGUUACACUUAUUUAUCCUUUUGCUUCUUUCUUGUGUCCAUUGUAUUUUUUAUUUUUUAAUAUGCAACAUGUUUAUUGCAUUAGUCCUUAACGCCUCGGGGGUAAUUAAUUCCUUCCUUAACUGUCGCUCACACGAUAAAACAUCCGUCUAACAUGCGCCCACCAAUCCGAUGUCCAAUC